GCCGAAAAGAAGAAACUUAAUCGAAAGUUCGCCGAAUUUUUAGCUGUCUUAUAAUAUCAUUGGUCAAAAAUACAUUUUAUAUAUAAAAUACAAACCUAAUAUAUUUAUACGAAAUUCAUUACUUGCACGCCAUAUAAUAGUUUAGUUAUUUUCAUAAGUAAAUAAACUAAUUUAAAUGCGUAAUAAAUGAUUUUUUUAUGCGGGAUUGUUUCGAGCGGGAACAAAAAUGGCGUCUGAUAAAAGAGACUUUAUAUUUCAUGGAAGAAAUUCAAUUUUUUUGACAAAAUGGAAAGUAAAACCUGGAAAUAGGUUAUUUCAAGGUACAGUUUUAUUGCUUUACGAAACAAUUUCGGACACAGAUGGGAGUGGAGAUGGAAAACAGAUGAAAUUGAAAUCUACUAUAGAAGGUACUGUACAAAAGUUAAUUGCUCGUGAAGGAGAAGUCGUCCGCCCAGGAUGUGUUCUUCUUCAAUUACAAACAUGCACACAUCCAACAGUUAUGAAAGAUAUGUGUGCAGACUGUGGUGCAGACUUGAGAGAAUUAGACAGUGAUAAUUUAGCAAAAGUGGUUGCUGCAACAUCUGUUAGCAUGGUCCACAGUGUUCCAGAAUUAAGAGUUAGUCAAGAGGAAGCUCAACAGUUAGGUCAAGCAGAUGAAAAUCAUUUGUUAAGUGCUAGAAAACUAGUGUUACUUGUGGAUUUGGAUCAGACUUUAAUUCACACUACUAAUGAUAAUAUUCUACCAAAAAUCAAGAAUGUGUAUCAUUUUCAAUUGUAUGGCUCUCAUACUCCUUGGUAUCACACAAGAAUUCGUCCUGGAGUAGAAAGUUUCUUAGAUUCUAUGUCCAAAUUAUAUGAAUUGCAUAUCUGCACAUUUGGAGCACGACCAUAUGCCCAUAAAAUAGCAAACUUAUUAGAUCCAAAUGGCAAAUACUUUUCCCACAGAAUUUUAUCUAGAGAUGAAUGUUUCAAUCCAAAUUCAAAGACUGGAAAUCUUAAGGCAUUGUUUCCAUGUGGUGAUUCAAUGGUAUGCAUAAUUGAUGACAGAGAAGAUGUUUGGAAUUUUGCUCCAAAUCUCAUACCUGUUAAACCAUAUCAUUUCUUUACUAACACUGGAGAUAUCAAUGCUCCACCUGAAAUGCAUAAAAAUAAUAAUGAAAAUGGAUUGUCAAAAAUUGAGGAAUCAGUAUACAAUAUUAAGGAAGAAUCUUCUAUUAAAAGCGUUGAAUCAUCAUCAUCAUCUUCAUCUUCAGAUACUAAUAAAGAUGAUCAGUUAUUACAAACUGCAGAAAGUACAUUAGAAAUUAAAAAUGAUGACUUGGAAGAACAAAUUAUGAAUUUAAUUGAUCAGUCUAAGUUACCUAAUGAAGAAGAACAGAAAAUAGUAUCAUCAACUCAAGAAGCUGAAACUUUAGUUGCAACUAAAGAAAUUUCAAGCGAAAAUAGUGACACCCAACAAUCAGAAUCUGAAAAAGAUUGUAAUAAUCAAACAGAUAUUAAUUUAGCUGACAAAGAAGAUUCAGAUGAUUAUCUUUUGCAUCUUGAAGAUAUUUUGAAAAUUAUUCAUAAGGCUUAUUAUGAUAUGUAUGAUCAAAUGAAAGCUCAAGGAAAAAAUACAAUACCAGAUUUAAAAAAUGUUAUACCAUAUGUUAGAAGAAAAGUACUAAAAGGAGUAAAUAUUGUCUUCAGUGGUGUUAUACCUACAAAUAUGCCUGCAGAAAGAAGUAAAUUAUGGAUUGUUGCUAAAUCUCUAGGGGCAAAUGUAUCUCCUGACAUUGAAUUUCCAGGUCAGUCUGGACAAAAUGGGACAACACAUGUUAUUGCAGUUAAAUGGGGUACAAUAAAAGUCAAUAAAGCUAGAAAAAUAAAAGAUAUACACAUAGUGACACCAGAAUGGUUAUGGAGUUGUGCUGAGAGAUGGGAUCAUGUAGAUGAAAAAUUAUUUCUUCUUUCAAAACAUUCGGUAAUUCCACGUCCUACAGCAACAUAUCAACCAAGCUCUUUUAAAGAUAAUUUUGACUGUAAGCCAGAUUUCAAAGAUAAUAGGAGAGAUUUUAUUUCUGAACCAAAUUUAUAUCCAGUAUAUGAUCCUGUUACUGGGAAGAAAAUUUGCAGAGAUAACUCAAAUGUAAUUCAAAAAAAUGGCAGGACUGAUGGUUCUGAGAUAUUAUCAGAAUAUGUUACCUCCAGCACUGAGAAGUUCUCUUAUAGUCCUCUACUCUCUUUUUCAACCCAAGAAAUAGAAGAUAUGGAUAAAGAAGUAGAUGAUGCAUGUAGUGAAGAGUCUGAAGAUAGUGAUGUAGAUACUACAGUAACAGCCACACAAAGCCAAAAUGAUAAAAACAAAGAAUCUGAUUCAAGUUUGGAAAGUCUUACUGGUGGAGAAUUCCCAAAGGGAUGGAGAAAGAGAAAAAAAUGUGAUCUUAAAGAUAACUAUACUGAAUUAAGUGGCAUAAUUGAAAGUGAAGAAGAAGAAAAUGCAAAAUUUCCACGUAGAGAACUUCCGUGUGAUAGCGGAAAAAGUAAUGAAAACAGUAGUGAAAGUGAUGAUUUUAAUGAGUCAAUUGGAUCUGUUGAUGAAGAAAUGGCUGCUGCAGUAGAACGAGAAUUUUUAAAUUCCUGAUAAGGAUCACUGAAUGUAAUGACUUGUAUAUUUUAUGUAAAAUGUCAUUUUAAACAUUAUACAAAUCUAUCAUAAUUUACUGCUUACUACUAAAUAUCAGAGAUAAAGUAUUAAGCAAGAAAGUUUUUUAAUGAAAAAUUUAAUUCUUUAUUUAAAAUAUAUAAGUUAUAUAUACAUUUGAAAAGCAUAAACAUAACUAAAACUAAAGUUGUUUUAAACAUUAUUAAAGAUGCCAUUACUUUAUUUUCAGUAUGCAUUUCUUCAGAUUAUAUCUAAAAUUAUUAAAUUCUUCUAAAUGACAUUUAGUUUUUAUAAAAUUGACAAUUGUUUUGUAUAAUUUUUUUUCUUUAUAUUAUGAAAUUUUUCUGAUUAAAAUUAGAGAGAACUUUAUUUAAAUAAAAUACAAGUAACAAAUUGUUUUUGUAGGAAUAAAAUUUUAUUAAUAAUCAAAUAUAAAAUUUUGGAUUUAAAUGAUUCAUUCAUGGAUCAACAGAAUCUUAGACACAGAAUUCUUAAAAUCAAGGGUCUAAAAUUCAAUUUUUGAUUUAAUAAUUUCAAUUUUAUAAAAUUUUCAAGCACACCAUUCAUUAUACCAUAUUAAUAGAAAAUUUUAUCUCAGUGGUAAGAGUUAUUAUGUUUAAAUAUGACUUUAGUGUAUUAAUUCAGUGACACACAAAAUUUAGACUAUUGCCAAUGUGCUUAAAGUCUUAAUACAUGUAUAAAACUACCAAAGAGAUUCAUCAACAAAAAAGAGAAUUACUGAUCUUAUCUGUUUUACUACUAAUCUACCAUCCAUGUUUUCAGUUUUCAUCUUCAGUUUUAUAGCUUUUAUCAUUUUAUAUUAGUUUUUAUAAAUGUGAUUGUAUAUAUAUAUAAUUAAAAAGGAAUUAUUUAUUUACAUACAGUAAUGCUGAAGACUUUAAUGUUUUGAAAUGCAUUUCUGGAUUUACAAAUAUUGUAUACUUGUCUAUAUAUGACAGAUUGAAAUACAUUUAUAUGCAUAAUACUUGUUCAAUUCAAAUCCCCCAUGACUCCAUUUGUUUAUUACUGUUAAUUUUUAAUAUGGAAUAAUUCUCUGGUGACAAAUUAUAACUUAAUUAUCAAUUUGUUAUUCUCAUUCAUUUAAUAUCAAUGUACAGUACGUUGGAAUCCCAGUAAGGAAUGCAGAUUUCUAUGCUGUUAUUUAAAGUAGACACUAGUCUAUAUUACUUUCAGGCUAUAUUUUUAAAAAAUAAGCUAUAAAACAAAUUUAAAAUAUUUCUAAAAUUUAUUUAUAAUGUAAAUGAUUGUGAUUAUAUAUAUGUAAAAUAAAAUUAUAUAUAUAAUAUAGAUAGUAAUCCAUAGUAAAUCAGUUUUUCUGUGUUCAAAAGAAAAAAAAACAUUGUAAUUGUUUGAAAUAAGACUUCUCUUUCAAAGACAAAUUUAUAACUCCAGAAUGCACUUCAAAAUUGACUAUUAUUCAAUUGACUAAUCUAUUGCUUUUAGCCCUUAAUGAUAUUUUAUUUAACAUAUGCAUUAUUUAUACACAGUUACGUGAGGGUUUAUCACACCAGUGUGAUAAACUUUCAUGUAUAUAUGUGCAUAAUUAAUACAGAUUUUAAAUAAAAAUUGACUAUUAUUGCUAAUUCUAAGAUGCAUAAAAUAGGUUUAGAAAUACUUUCAUAUUAUACAAAGGAUUUUCUUUUAU